AUGUCAUCUAUCCUCCGCCAGAUCGUUGCAGGUCCAAGACAACAACAUCCAGAGGCAGGACUGGAUCUUUGCUAUGUGACAAAAAGCUUGAUCGCAACCUCCGGCCCAUCAGGAACAUACCCACAGCGCGCAUACCGCAACCCUCUAGAUGCACUAGUCAACUUCCUGGACACAAAGCAUGGCGCCAAUUGGUGCAUCUGGGAGUUCCGCGCCGAGGGGACAGGAUACCCAGACUCAGAGGUCUACGGGCGCAUCCACCACUUCCCCUGGCCAGACCACCACCCGCCGCCGUUCGCGCUGAUCCCCAAUAUCAUGGGCAGCAUGCGGAACUGGCUGCAGCACCUGGACGAAGAAAACAACAAAGAAAAAGGGGACCGAGUAGCCGUCGUACACUGCAAGGCCGGUAAAGGGCGCAGCGGGACAAUCGCCUGCGCCUACCUAAUCAGCCAGGAAGGGUGGAAGAAGGAAGAUGCACUGCAGCGCUUCACGGACCGGCGAAUGCGUGUCGGCUUCGGGAAUGGCGUCAGCAUCCCCAGCCAGCUGCGAUAUGUUGGAUAUAUCGACAAGUGGGCGAAUCAGAUGGAGAAGCAGUACGUCGAGCGACCGGUUGAGAUCCUGGAGGUGCACAUCUGGGGUCUGAAGGACGGGGUUAAGGUUGCCGUGGAGGGGUAUGUGGAUGAAGGGAAGAAGAUCAAAUGUUUCCAUCUCUUCCGUCGGAACGAGCGCACUAUCAUCGAAGACGGGAAGGAGAACAUGUCCGGCGAGUUCAAGAAGGCCGCGCCAGAGACCCCAAUCUCCACAACAACCCCAUCCUCCGCAACCUGUUCAUCAUCGGAUGUAUCCGCUCCGUCGCGAAGCUCGACACUCACGCCCGGCACCGUCCCAGCAAUGAUAUUCAGACCUCACAAGCCCAUCAUCGUACCCAGCUCCGACGUGAAUAUUGACUUCGAGCGCCGCAGCAAAGCCUCCUACACCGGCUUUGCGAUGGUCACCUCGGUCGCGCACGUCUGGUUCAAUCCGUAUUUCGAAGGCGGCGCGGAUCAUGACUCCGGCGUCUUUGAGAUAGAGUGGGACGCCAUGGAUGGGAUCAAGGGCAGUGCGAGGAAGGGGAUUCGCGCGUUGGACAAGCUCAAGGUCGUAUGGCGGUAUCCGCCGCCAGAGUCUGUCCCUGACAAAGGCAAAGGCAAGGCCAAGGAAGAGGUAUCUGCAGAGGGGAGACCGAUCAGCGAGCCGAAGCCCGGGGAUCCCAUUCAUGAAAGCGGGCCGGCUGAUUGGCGUGGGCUCUCGAAGAACGAGAAGGAGAACCGGCAAUCUUCGGAGACGCCGUCGCAGAAAAGUACUGCGGCAAGUGUCUCGGAUAAGACUAAGGAGUUGGGACAUGUGCUGGAGAAGGGGCUUGGACUUCGAAAACAGACGGAUGAUAGUAAAGAUGUGAGUCUUGCUGGGAGUGAUGAGGAUACGAUCGUCAUGACGGAUGAGGAGGGGAGAACGAUCAGAGUGAGGAGUGAGGAGGGUAAUGGAGACUUGGAGGGGGUGAAGACGAAUUAUGAGCAGAAUGGAGGGAGUAAGAAGGAUCAAAGUACGAAGUAG